AUGAGCCCAUGGACAUGGGCUCGAACAGUGUCUUUCACAGUGCCCUGCAAAGCACAAAAUGGACUGCCGCAGGGACCACCGCAAUUACCGCCAGGAAUCAUUUACGAAGAUUUACACCUCGUCCCAGCAUUUGCCAAAGCCCAUGGCUUGGUGAUGGGAAUUGCCUUCACGAUUGUUUUCCCACUUGGUGCUAUUCUCCUGAGAGUGAUUCGAUCGAAGUUUGGCGUACGCGCUCACAUCGUGUCUCAGUUACUGGGGUAUGUUUUGAUGAUCGCUGGGCUAGCCACUGGGAUUCGCGUUGGAAAGAUCCUUGAUCGGUCGUUCAAGCUCCAUAACAACGGCCAUACGAUACUUGGUACCGUUAUCGUCGUUUUCCUCCUUAUUCAACCAUUCAUUGGCUUUUGGCACCAUUACCGGUUCAAGAAAACUCAGUCAGCCGGCAUAUGGACUCAUGUGCAUAUUUGGGUUGGACGACUCUUUCUCCUGUUGGGGAUCAUCAACGGCGGUACUGGCUUGAAGCUAGCAGACAACACAACAGGGGGGAUCAUUGCGUACGCCGUAGUUGGGGGCUUGUUCGGCUUGGCCUAUAUUGUUAUUGCGGGUCUGCGCCAGGGCAAAGUGAUUUUGAAGGAGAAGGAAACGACACCAGAGAUGGGUCAGACUUAG